AUGCCUUUCAAAGAUGGCCUUUUCGCCUCUCCCUUCACAAGCACGGACGAAGACAUCGAUCCAACGACCGAGAAAGCCAAAGAAGUCUUGGCCCAGCCUCCUGCAACACGAUGGGAGCUAUGGGGCUACUAUCUUUAUUAUAAUGGAGACAAUGGUUAUACCAUGUUCAGUUACAUGCCCAACAUUCUGCAGUAUUUAGCUUACAAAGGCGGCUUCUACCCAGAUACACAUAAUGCCAGAGGCUGCGAUACACAUGAUUUGGAUAAAAGUUGCUAUGUGUCCUGGUCUGGUACGAGCGGCAUUCCAGUAUCUGCCAUGAUGCUUUACGUCCAAGCCAUCUCGUUUUCGAUCCAGUUUUUACUAUUCACUACAUUUGGUAGUCUUGCUGAUUACGGUAAAUGGAACAGAUACAUCUUGUUGGUGGCUACGGUCAUAGGUUGUGUUACUCAGAUUGUACCUGUCGCCUUCUUGAAUGAUGACGGAUCGAGUUGGAAUGCGAUGCUGGGCAUCAUGAUUCUAGCUUUGAUCUCGUAUGGUACAUCACUCGUAUUCUAUGGCGCUGCUUUUCCUACAUUAAGUGACAACUUGCCUGUCGUGCGUAAAGCUCGUGCUGAUCCGAAUUUGACAAGUGAUGAAGCAAGCUUUAUUGUUGAAAAAUGGAGAAAUCAUGUAUCUGCUACCUCGACUGUGUUCUCCAACGUAGGCUUCUUGGUCAUGACAGCUCUUUUAUCUGGCAUCUCCUUUCUUCCCUGGAACAACUAUGAAUUCUUUGGGGAUGAUGCUCAUGUAUUGGGUAAUGUGCCUUUAUUCAAUUUCAUCUCUACUGCUGUCUGUGGUGGUUUCUGGGUCCUCAAUGCCAUUCCCUACUUCCUUGCUGUUCCUUCCAAGAGACAAGGCCCUCCUCUUCCUGCUGAUGCCAAUCAUUUCACCAUUGGCUGGAAAUCAGUCAUCAAAGCCUUUAGAGAAGCUCGUAAAUUGCGCUACUUGUUUCUAUACAUUUUCGCUUAUUUUAUGUUCUCUGAUGCCGUCUCCACUAUCAACCAAAUGAUUGCAAUUACUCAAGCUCAAAUUACAAGCUUCAAUGCUCAACAGAUCACUAUUCUCAACUUGGCUUCUUCUGUUACAUCCAUUAUUGGCUGCUUAUUCUUUUUGUGGCUCUCUAAGCGCUUCGGUGUUCGCACAAAGACGAAUUUACUAAUCAUCAUCUUGCUCACUGGUGUGGUACCUGUUUGGGGCUGUUUUGGUAUUGGUCUCAAGAACUUUGGUAUCCGUACUACUUGGGAACUUUGGGUGUUCUAUGUUUGGUCUGGUCUUUUCACUGCUCCUAUUUGGGCAUGGCAAAACACCAUGCUUGCUGAACUUGUGCCCAGAGGUAAAGAAAACCUGUUCUUUGGUCUUUUUGGUGUCAUCAAUAAGGCUUCUUCAUGGAUUGGCCCUGUUGUCAUUGGUGCCAUUACUCAAUACACGGAUAAUCUUUGGAAGGGCUGGCCAUUUGUCCUGGCUUUGUUCCUCUUGUCGUUUGUGAUCAUUUGGUUCAUUGAUGUCGAUAAAGCCAAGGUUGACAUUGCCAACUAUUUGGCUGAGCAAGAUGCUGUCAAGGGCCAUACUGAUGGCAAUGAGCUUGUUAUCGCACCAGACGAGAAGACAGCUUACUAA